AUGCUUGUACAGAACAAUAUACCAAAAGCAAAAUUUGAACAAGCAACUUAUUUACAAGGUGACUAUCUGUAUUCAAAUUUUAUAGGCCCAAUAAAUGAAUAUAAGAUAAUUGCUAAUUUAGAAAAUAAAGAACUUGAUAAUGAAGCUUAUUACAAGAUUGACUGUACUCUUCUUGCCUUAAAAGAGUUAGUUGAAAGCUUUUAUAAUUAUUUAAAACUAAAAUUUGAAGCAGAAGAAGAACAAGUAUCAGAGCCAUUAAUAAGUAUUGUUUACAAUAUUGUUGAUGAAGUUUUAAACAAAAAACAUGAAAAUAUAUCAAAUGUUAUUUUAAAAAAACUAGUUUAUAUGCAAAGUAAAAAACCAAAAGAAGUACAAUAUCAUCUUAUGUAA